AUGGAGAUACAUCAUCAGAAGCUUCCAUGGUGCCAUGCUGUUUGGAAUAGAUCGGUUAUUCCUAAGAAUAGGAUUUUCUGUUGGCUCAUGGUUCAUGGCAGGUUGCAGACAAGGACCAGGCUACACAAAAUAGGAAUUUGUGACACAUCAGUGUGUCUAAUUUGUGACAAUAAUGAGGAAACACACCCUCACCUCUUUUUCGAAUGCUGCUACAAGAAGUCCUGUCUAAUGGUGUUCAAGAGUUGGCUUGGAAUCCCAGGCCACAUUGUUCAUUACAUGGGAUUGAUUAGGUGGAUUCAGUGGAAAAGCAAGGGGAGUAAAUUCCAGAAGAAUGUGAUGUAUACUGCUGUGAAUGCUGUAGUGUAUGCCAUAUGGAAAGUCAGAAAUGAAGCUUUAUGGAAUAACAAAGUGCCCACAGUGCUUCACACAAUUCAGUUUGUGAAACAAAGUGUUAUAAAUAUAAUACAAUGUAUAGGUAUACCUAAGAUUAGUGAUAAUGUACAGCAAUGGUGGUAG